AUGGACACCCCUACGGUGCAGGAUCCUCCGGCUCACGCCAUCGAGCAAGAGCUGCUGGACAAGACCUCGUCCCUGACGGUCGAGGAGCAGGUCUCACCGCCCGCCUCCGGGUCCGAGACGCCUGCCCACCGCAGCCAUGAUCCCCAGUACAACCAGAAGCGGACCGACCCUUUCCAGUUCGGGUCUCGUUACCUGCAGCAGGAGGACGACGUCUUCGAGUUCAAUGCUUGGGAUCAUGUGGAGACUGACGACGCCUACAAGGAGUACGCUGAAGAGCAGUAUCAGAAGCAGCGGGAGUCGCCAGUCUCCGACUUUGACAAACACAGGUUUAACUCGGACCCUGCCAAAUGGUGGAAUUUGUUCUACAAGAACAACACUGCCAACUUCUUCAAGAACCGCAAAUGGCUGCAACAAGAAUUCCCAAUCCUUGGUAAGGUGGUCCAGGAGGACGCUGGCCCCGUGACAAUCCUUGAGGUCGGCGCUGGCGCUGGAAACACCGCAUUUCCCAUCCUGGCCCAUAACAAAAACCCCAAGCUGAAGAUCCAUGCGUGUGACUUCUCCAAGAAGGCUGUGGAAGUGAUGCGUAGCUCUGAGGCCUACAACACAGACUAUAUGCAGGCUGAUGUUUGGGAUGCCGCUGGUCAAGACCUACCACCCGGGCUCGAGGACGGCUCUGUGGAUGUGGUCAUCAUGGUCUUCAUCUUCUCAGCUCUCUCACCGCUGCAGUGGAGGCAGGCCGUGCACAAUGCCUACCGUGUCCUGAAACCAGGCGGUGAGGUUUGCUUCCGUGAUUACGCGCGAGGUGAUCUCGCUCAGGUCCGUUUCAAGAAAGGCCGAUACCUGGAAGAGAACUUCUACAUCCGAGGCGAUGGCACACGAGUGUACUUCUUUGACCAGGAUGAACUCGCCGCUAUCUGGUCUGGAGAGACCUCUGCCGAUAGUAAGGAUACAUCCGUAGAAACGCCAUCAGCAGAUGGCGAGACGACUCAAGUAGCAAGAUUUGAGGUCGAAGAUCUGGGUAUAGAUCGAAGACUUCUCGUCAACAGAGCUAAGAAGCUCAAGAUGUACCGCUGUUGGAUACAAGGACGAUUUAGAAAGAAAUAG